AUGGCUCUGCUCACCAACGUCGCCAUCCUUCUGGUCGUGGCUUGUUUUUCUCACCAUGUGAUGGUGGGCAGCUGUCAGAGGGGCCACGGAAAGAAGGGAAGAACCGGACCAAAGGCGGGCCGCCCACCCAAAUCUGGCUCUGCACGGCCGAUCAAAGGCAAACUCCUCACUAGAGACAAAGCAGAGUGUUCCUGGGUUGCAACCGGGGAAGACCCCGUCAUCCUAAAUAUCACCUGCAAGAAAGCAGACGGGAUCCUGAGGUGUGAGUACGCUGCCAGGCCGGGAUCCUGUCCCCAGUACGCCUCCAACGGGGAUCUUUACUGGAAGCAGAUCUCCAGAGCUCUGAAAAAGCAGAGGAACCUGUGUGGCGGCAGAAGUGCGCUGGUGAAGGCCGGCAUGUGCAGAAAAGCCCCGCAAAGCGCUCACUUCAGACUCCAGGUGGCUCAGAAAAAGGAGACUUUCUCGCCUUUUGUUCCACCUGUGGCGGCCGAAGCUGUCAAAUCCUGUCGGCCUGCUAACAGAAAGCUGGCAGGGGAGUUCUGCAGCACCUCCUGGACCAGCUUAUGCACCUUUCUGUUCACCAUGGUGAAGGACUACGAUUGCUGA